GGUACAGAGGAGGAGCUGCUCCCGGUGGAGCAUCAUUACGUCUGUCUGUGUCACAGGGAGUCAGGGCGAGUCUUGAGCUGCAGACGUCGUCGAGCACGCAACCAGGAUGCGCAUCAAUAUGAAAAAAAGAACCCAUCGCUUCUCUCUUCACGGUUUAUCGUCGACAAACGUGUGACCACUCAGAUCGACACACAAGGGAAACCAACGUACACAUAAUCUUAAACAACUGACGCGACGGACCGCUUUUGAAUCCGUGCCGGCUCCUGAUAUAAAAUCCACCCUCGCCCCCGCCCCCCCCCCCCUGACGUGACCCCACCAUGUCCGGGAAGGAGCGCAGCCCCCGCCAUCGGCCGUGGUCAGUUUACCGGGCCAACACGUUUGAUCUCUCGGCUGAGAUGAUGGGACUGGCGCUCUCAGGCAACAGUCAGGAUCCAGACGAGCCUGUGCUGGAGUUUAGUGUGGCCUGCAGUGAACUGGUCACUCCGUCUCUGGAUCGUAAGCCGACCAGCUUUGUCGCCGUCAGCUGCACCACGCCGCCCCAGGCCUUCUGGACCAAGCAUGCUCAGACUGAAAUCAUCGAGGGGACCAGUAACCCUAUCUUCCUGAGCAGCAUAGCGUUCUUUCAGGACUCUCUGAUCACUCAGCAGACGCAGGUCAAGCUCUCUGUCUAUGACGUGAAGGACCGCUCCCAGGGCACGAUGUACAUGCUUGGUUCGUCCAUGUUCUCCGCGAAGGAGCUGCUGCAGGACAAGCACCACCGACUGCACCUGACUCUCAGGUCAGCGGAGAAUGAGCGCGUGGGCAACAUCACCGUCAUCGCCUGGCAGAUAGAGGAGAAGCGCGAGCAGAGGGCCCCUGUUGCAAGGUUGCAGAGGGGAGACACUGUCAAUGGAAGGAUGGUUCUCCCUGUUGAUGAAAGCCUGACCGGAUCCGUGAGUAUCAAAUCCAAGUCAUCGUCCCUGUGCAAAGACCCGCUGCUGAAGGCCGGGUUUGGAGGGGUCAUGUCGCGGAUGUACCGUUUCCCCACCACGGACGGCAAUCACCUGCGCAUCCUGGAGCAGAUGGCGGAGAGCAUGCUCUCCCUGCACAUCCCUCGACAGUUUGUCAAACUGCUGCUGGAGGAAGAUGCCGUCAGGGUUUGUGAGCUGGAGGAACUGGGUGAGCUGUCUCCGUGUUGGGAAAACCUCAGGAGGCAGAUCAUCACUCAGUACCAGACCAUCAUCCUCACCUACCAGGAGACCAUCAGUGACCUGCACGAGUAUAAAGGUCCGUCUUUUAAGUCAAGCACUUUAAAAGCCGAGAGGAAGUUGGAAUUCAUUCCCACCAACCUGCACAUCCAGAGGAUGAGGGUGCAGGGAGAGUCUGGUUAUGACCGCACGUAUGACGUUGUGACGAUCGGCGCUCCUGCAGCGCAUCAUCAAGGCUUUAAAGGCUGCGGCCUCCGAAAACUGCUGCACAAGCUUGAGGGAGCCAGAAAACACACAUAUGAGGAGGAGAGCUCUGCCGGCUCUGGCCCUAAAGCGAAGACGUACCAGCCUCAGGACAUCGUGAAGGCAAAGGAGCUGAUCGGUCAAAUUAACACGCUGAAGACGCAAGUGUGUUACUACACUGAACGUCUGUCGCGAGCUGCCAAGGAACGUUCGGCCAACGCCUUGGAGAGAACCCUGGCCAUCCUCACAGAGAAGACUCGUCAGUUAGUGAGCGUGUGUGACUCCAAGCUCCUGUCCUCGGCCAUCCUCGCCCUGGCAGCCGCCCGCCCGGAGUUCAUUCACCCGGGCACCCCGUCCCCCUCCUCCUCCUCCCUCUCGCCCUCCUCUCGCUCUCCGUCCCGCUCCCCCUCCCGUCGACCCGCCUCCCCGUCCCGCCCGGCCGUCUCACCGUCUCGCCACGCAGCUCCUCCAGAGGGCAGCGAGGGGAGCAAAAACAAGCGGGACUCCGCAGAUUUGCAUGAGGACGAGUGGGAGAAGGUUUGGUUGAAUGUUGAUAAGAGCCUGGAGUGUGUGAUCCAGAGGGUGGAUAGGCUGCUGCAGCGAGACAAACUCCAGAGUGACAGUAGCUCUGAGGACGUCUUCCUGCUCGCCAACGAGGAGCCUGGUAACGCUAAGAAAGAUAAGAGCCCAGAAGUGGAAAAGCCGUCUCCAGGUGAGUGGAGCGACGCCCUGUAUCCGGUCCUCGCCACGCUGUCCGACUGUGCGUCUCUGAUGAGUGACAAAGCCAAGAAGGCCAUGGUGUUCCUCCUGAUGCAGGACAGCGCCCCCACCAUCGCCAUGAGUCUCACCCUGCAGUACCGCCGCGAUGUCGUCUUCUGCCAGACGCUGACGGCUCUGAUCUGUGGCUUCAUCCUCAAGCUGAGGAACUGUCUGUGCGACUCCGGCUUCCUCAGGCAGCUGCACACCAUCGGCUUACUGGUGCAGUAUGAGAGCCUCCUCAGCACCUAUGGGGAGGAGCUGGCCAUGCUGGAAGACAUGAGCGUCGGAGUGACGGACCUGAGAAACGUCACCUUCAAAGUUACCCAGGCAACCUCGGGUUUCGCCCCGGACAUGCUGCCAGUGAUCACGGGAAACAGGAACGGCUUCAACGUCAGGGUUCCGAUGCCCGGGGCGAUGUUCGACACGCUGCCGCGGGAGAUCCAGAACGGGAUGCUGCUGCGCGUGCAGCCCAUCCUGUUCAACGUGGGGAUCAACGAACAGCAGACGCUGGCUGAGAAGUUCGGAGACACGUCACUGCAAGACGUGAUCAACAUGGAGAGCAUGACCCGCCUCAGCUCGUACUACGACCAGUUCAAAGAAGUCCUGCCGGAAGACUCCCUCCCUCGCUCCCGCAGCACCACCAGUGUGCCCGAGCUGCUCAAACAGCUGAGCCAGAACGUGAACGCGAAGAAAAGCAAGAACGUGGAGAUUUUGUGGCAGGCGGCGGAGGCGUGCCGCCGCCUGAACGGAGUGCGUUUCACCAGCUGUAAGAGUGCCAAGGACCGCACGGCCAUGUCUCUGACCCUGGAGCAGUGUCAGAUCCUGCAGCAGGAGCACGCCCUGGCCCCACAGGUCUUCUACCAGGCUCUGGACUGUAUGCGCAGCGAGGGCUGCAGGAGAGAGAACACCAUGAAGAAUGUGGGAUGUCGCAAAUACGCCUUCAACGCGCUCCAGCUCAAAGCCUUCCCCAAACAAUAUCGCCCCCCGGAGGGGACGUACGGGAAGGUGGAGACCUAAGAGAGGACGCUUCUGUCCGGAGGAAACCCAAAAGACUGGAGGGGAUAAUGAUGAUGAUGGCACCACACAAAGAAAAAUACCAACACGAGCUGGAACAACAGCCCUUUGUUUUGUGCUUACUCACUGUCAAGAUGAUUAAUGUCCAAGUGCCAGUGCCACUGUAGAUUGUUUUCUAGCGGUUUCCUCUCUCUCUCUUCUUCUCAGUAGUACUAGAAUGACACAGUUCUCACGGCCACUUCACAACCGGAAAACACAAAAAGACUUCUGUGUAACAAUGUCGCCAUUGUGCAGACACCACUGUCUGGCUGCUGGGCCAGCGGUAGCAUCAGGAGGCGUACAGCCACUCUGGAUUUGAAUCAUUUUGACUUCCCUAGAAAUAAGAUGUGUAAAUGUCUCAGCCUGUAGACAGACAAUGUGGGUUGAGGGUAAACAUAUCUAUACAUGUUCAAGCUGCUUUUAUUUGAUAUUAUCAGUUUCAUCAGCUACAGAAUAAGGCAGGCCGAUGUCUAUAUAUUUUUCUCGCUGUCAACAAAUCCCAUGCUGAGAGCACGAGCAACAAAGAAUUCCUCCAGCUGUGUUUCCAAAGCCUGAUGUGGAUUCUUCAUCUGCGGCGCAUAGAGCUCCGCUGUUGCUCCACAGCCCGUUAAAAACACGCCAGUGAGCUUCUUUGUCGCCCUGGUUGACAUCUCCCCUCGUUAUGGUGAACAUGGGCCCUGCAGUGGUGAGUCAUUCCCCUCAAUCUCCAUCCUCCCCUCUGCUAUAAAAACUCACCACCAGACCAAAUGUGUGAAAAUAGAAUGAACAAAGAGUGAACAACACUUGUUUUAAACCACAGUGCGCGGCUGUUUUAGCUGUUUCAUUAUAAUAAAAAAAAUGAUAAACUAUUUCAUAUAGCACAAUUCAUUCAUAGGUGGGGGAAAAAUAAAUACAAUUAGAUAUAAAUAGCAGAUAAAGACAAGAUUAAACAGGAAUAUACUGCAACCAGGUUAAAGAUUUCUGUAAGUUUUGAGGUUUCUUUUGAGAAAUAAAAUGUGCUGGGAUUUGUUGACAAUAAAAAAAUAUAUUUAUAAAUAUGCACAAUAAGACCAGCUCUAUUCUUGAGGCUGAGGUUACCAACCUAUUUGUCCAGUUUGGUCAGUUAUGGAAAGAGCCAAAUAAGAGACGAUGUGAAAGCAACUCUCUGCCAGUUGGAGCUGCCUGCAGUACAUGUUGCUUACAAUCCAAAGUGGGCAACACAGCAGACGAUCAGCUUUAUCAAAACCCCUUUGCCUGUUAAGAUGUUUCUCUGGACCUAAUCUGCCCCACAGGACGCUGUAAUAGUCAAAGCACUUAUUCAUUUCAGUGCUUUUUAGCCUGUCGUCUGUCAUCAAGCUCCCACUACUGCCUCUCCUCCCUCUCACCUUUCCUCCUUCAACCACGUAGAUGUUCAACACCACCACUCUCUACGACAAGCACAUGUCUUGAAGAAGUAUAAUAUAUGACACUAGUCACUGGCGUUUGUAACACAACGAUUUGUAAUGUAAAUUCGGAGGUUCUUCUGAUGCUACGCACAGAUUGUGGGCUUCAGACGUGAUGCAUCACAUUAUUCUGUUAUUCUAAAAAUGGCUACAGAUACAGAUAUGUAAGACAUUAGCAAAAUAAUGGUUGGAUUUUAUUCGAUUUUACUUCAGGGUGUGUUUUCAGUUUUCAAGCUCUCAUUUGAAUUAAUUGCAGAAAUUUGUGAUUGAAAUUGAUAAAAAAAAAAAAAAAAUUGAUAAAAAAAUAUUAAUUUAACCUGCAUGAACACUGUUAACUAUUGCAGUUGCCUACUGUAAUGCAAUGUUUUGAGACUCCAGCUACAUAAACAUAUUGCAUUACUGUGCCGACCUUCAACAACACUGUUGUCAGUUAAAUACUUAUGGACUCUAAUGUACCUUAAUGUACAAAACUCACAGAGACAGGGACUUUUAUUUUAAAGAUGUUAUUUUGCUUACAGGGGUUUCUGUUAUAUAUAUAUGGCUGUUGUUCUCAAAUGCUAUUAUAGUUUUAUCCAUUGUUAUUGAGUAAGUUAGGACCUUGUUCUGAUCAGCUGUUCAUGCACACAGGUUGGACCAGGGAGUGUGGGAGACACCUCCACCCCCUCAGAGAUAUGAGCUGCAACUGGAUGAUGAAUAAAAGCUUGUUAAUGCAAA